UUGAUUAAAUUGAAGUUUGUAUUAGUUGGCAAUACUGUUUGUAGUAAUGUGUCAAAACUGUGUUGUUAUGUGUCAAAGUAUGUAAAAAAAGUGUACAAUUAAAAGAAAAAGAAUAGUAUAUAGUAUAAUUAAUGUAUUUAGUCGAAUGAUAUAGAUUUAUAUUUAAAUUUGUAAUAGUAAUAAACAAUUUUGUAACUAAUGAUGAUUGAAUCGUCAUCGUGGAAUUCGAAAAAAGAUGAAACCAUAUACAAAGCUGCCGGCUCCAUGCUAUUACGAAAGUAUGGACAAUUUUUUGAAACACUGGCCGAUAGAUUUUGGUUAAAUGAUUCGACAUUGGAAUAUUUUAUGGAAGGUCCUAUUAGACUUGUCUAUCAAACUGUCGAAGAUGUCAGCAUUAUAUCAUUGGUAGAAAUGGAAAGCAAAGAUUUGUCUAAGCUACUAGCUGCUGUUGCAGGAACAUGUAGAGAAAUAAGACUGCUAAAAAAAGAAGCUAAUACUUUCUAUGCUAAACUCUUUGCGCUAAGCGAAAAGAGUCUGGACAACGAACUAAAAAACGCUGCUAGCUUUUUAUCAGAUCUUCAAUCUUUAUCAACUUUUGUAAAUAGAAUAAUGACAGUUUUACAAUUAACUACGCAACAGCUAUGCAGUUUGGCCAGAGGAUCCCAUGAGAUAUAUUUGCCUGCUUUGAUAGAACACUUCAUCGAUUUGUUUGUACUUCUUGUAAUAUUUGACGAAAUUAUCGAUGCGCACCCGUGGAUAUCGGGUUAUUGUACUAAGUACAAGAUGAAUAUAUCUUUCGUAAGGUGUAAUAUGAAACAGUUUGAAAUAUCUGAAACUAAACUUAAUAUGCUUGAUAAAUUGCUCAAAGAUUUGAAGGAACAGUUGUUGGGGAAAACUGUGUUUUUUAAAGCACUCGAAUAUGUAAUGGAUGUAAAUAAAGGUCUGAUUAUGAACGAUCAAAUUGUUAAUUAUUUGAAAAACUUGAUGUCAGACGUCGAGAGUAAAUCUAACGACAAUGCUGCAUUGAAUAAAAAUUGGAUUAGAGCUAACGUCGGUGUCGUCGUAGUAACUAAAUUAUUUGGAAUCUGUGAUAAGAAAUUAGUUAAGCGGAUAAACGAAACUAACAAAAAGUUUUACGCUGUAACAUUAUUUAGAAAUAUCAUUUGGAUACCCAGUAAAUUUUUACAUGAAUUCUUACCAAAGGAAGUUGGAAGUGCUGUUAGUUCACAAAUAGGUACAAAAAUUCUUUUAAACAGAACACAAAAAUUAUCUGUUACCAUUAAUGUUUUAAUAAAUAAAGCUAUGACGUGGUGCUUAGAGAUGCAGAACAUUUUAAAGAAAGGUAGUCUUCAAAUUUCUGACAUAGGAGACAAGCGUAUAUUACUUACUGAUAUAAUAACGUUAUUUGGACAAAUUAAAGAAAUUAUAUCUUUUAUAACUAAUCUGCACGCUAAUCUGGCCAAACCUAUGAAUCGUAACACGGUUAAACAUAUUUGUAAACUUAUAGAAAUACAGAAAUCUCUUCAAACAUGGUUUUAUAUAUUGGGUCCAGUUGUGGUGCGAUCACAAGAUCAAGUCUUACAAUAUCUCAGUUAUUAUAUUUUAGUCAUACUCGUAACAGCUAGAAAAGGCUUGAUUCAAAAAGAUAGAGGCUAUAGCAAAGAAAGACUUGAUGCAUUAUCGUUAAUAGGACUAAGUAUACGCCUAAUGAGUGGCCCUAUUAGCGCCGAUGGAAGAUUAAUAGUCAGAUGUGCACUUGCGUGUGCCAGUCAAUUGACGGAAACUUUCAAAGAUGAGGAUAUAAUAAAACUCAAAUUUUUGUUAGAUAAUUAUGAUAUCUUUGCAGAACUUCAAGACAAUGUUGAUGAACUUUGCGAUUAUUCGGUAUUGUUUCAUCAUAGGAAAAUGAUACCCGCAUAUCUUUCUUCUAUUAUUCAAGAAAAUAUCAACAUCAGUCAUCUGGCAAAUUUUUUUGGUGCAUUUGAUAACGUUAUAGAUCAAGAAGAAUUAUCUGACACGAAUGAACAACUAAUUAAAGAUUUAAGAGAAGAUUUACUUAAAACGGUAUUAGAACCAGCUUGUCGUGAAAUUGAAACAAGCCUACGACUUCACGUAUAUGCACACUUGGAAUUGGAUUUCCGUAUUCCGAUUUUGGAGGGUGUUAAAGAUGGUGGAAGAAUAGUACAUUCAUUGCCAUUACCUUUAGUUGAUACUAUGAUAUAUGCUAAAAGGUUUGUCGAACAUUAUCUAGAUGAUAUGUUUUAUAAUCUCACGACAGUGGCAUUGCAUGAUUGGAAAACUUAUAGAACUAUGCAUGCUCUGGCUAAGUACAAAUUAAAUCUCGAUACUGUACAAAAUCAUUUGCCUACGCAAACUUUGGAGCAAGGUGUAGAUGCUUUGGAAAUUAUGAGAAAUAUCCAUGUCUUUGUAUCCAAGUAUUUAUACAAUUUGAAUACGCAAACAUUUAUAGAACACACGAGUAACAAUAAACAUUUAAAUACCAUCGGUAUUCGUCAUAUAGCCAAUUCUAUAAGAACUCACGGAACUGGUAUUAUGAGUACUACCGUCAAUUUUGUCUAUCAAUUUCUUAGUGUUAAAUUGCAAACAUUUACGCAAUUUAUGUUCGAUGAACAAAUUAAAUCCAGAUUGAUGCGAGAUAUAAGAUUUAUCAAAUCUCAACGAGAAAGUGGAGCCAUACCAUACACCUACGAGAGAGCAGAAAAAUUUCAAAAAGGAAUAAGAAAAUUGGGAAUGACUCCCGAUGGAUUAAGUUACUUGGAUCAAUUUCGUCAAUUGAUAACUCAUAUUGGAAAUGCUCUUGGAUACGUACGAUUGAUUAGAUCUGGUGGAUUACAUGCUAGCUCAAACGCGGUUUCGUUUCUACCGGAUAUUCGUUCGAAUAUGUCCUUUGAAACGAUGUGUAAGAAUUUAAAUUAUAACGAAACAACGCAGGCUGCGGCUAAACGUUUGGAGGAUGACAUUGGAAACUUGGUUCACAAUUUUACGGAAGGCAUGCAUUAUUUUAAAUUACUCGUUGAUGUAUUCGUAUCCACUUUUCGAGAUCCUAAAUGGCAUCAUUUGCAAAGAUUCUACGCUAUUGUACCACCGUUGACAUUGAGUUUCGUCGACAAUGCGGUAUCAAAUAAAGAAAAGAUGUUUAAAAGAAAUCAAACUGGUGGAGCUUUUACAGAUGACGGUUUUGCAAUGGGAGUGGCAUAUAUAAAUGCACUUCUUGAUCAAAGCGCCGAAUUAGAUGCGUUGCAUUGGUUUGAAACUGUUGAAAAUCAUAUCAACGCUGAAAAUAAAGACGAUCGUGGCGAUGAAAAGUUGCAACAAACCAGGGCACUAACUAUGAAACGUUUAGGAGAAAGAAGUGCUGAAUUUCAGUUAUUGUAUUAUAGCCUUUCUGGUGCAAGGGUGUUCUUUAAACAACCGGACUCAUACAUUAUAGGUUUAAAUGAAUUAGCAUUAUCGGCAUUGCAUCACUAUCAUUUAUCUACACAAACGAUUCUUCCGGAUCUAGAAGAUCAUCACACGAUGCUGUCGGAGUAUGUUGUAUAUUCUAACCCAUAUAUUCACGUUCAAUUAGUUUUAAACGAUAAUAAUAUGGAUGACUGUAUUCUUGAUUUAAAGAAAUUAUUUUUUUGUUGUGCUCCAAUAAAUAAUCUCGUACAAGUGUUCCAGAAAUUGAAAGAAAAAGAAAAAGUAAUUAGUAUUGACGUUCAAAAGAAAAUUCUGGACAAUACAGUGAAUCAUAUUUUGAUUAAACGAUAUCCUGUUAAAUAUUCCUAUCAGAGAGCAUUUACAAAGUUAUUAAUAGAUGAGUUAGAUUCAAAUGGUGAGGAGAUUGACGAUGACGUUUAUUCUUUGUAUUGUAAUUUCAUUUUGUUUCCUGGAAAGGAUUUGCAUUAUCGUCACUUUUUACAAAAACAUGGUGAUUUAAAAUUUAUAACAUUAAAAGAAAGUAUAAAUAUCGUAUCCAAAGGGACAACUGGUUUAUGCGUUUGGCAGGGUGCUUUACAUCUGGCAGAAUGGUCUUAUAAAAAUAGGAAUCAAUUUAGUGGGAAAAAUAUCUUAGAACUUGGAUGUGGAGUUGGAUUAACUGGUUUGAGUAUUAUCAAUGCUUGUUCGCCCAAGCAAUAUGUAUUUUCAGAUUGCCAUGAAAGUGUUUUAGAUAUUCUUUGUGAAAAUGUGAGAUUGAAUUUACUACCCGUAUUGCAAGACAAAGUAUCUAAUGAAAUUUGUACGUUAAAUGAUAGGACGCAGUUACACAUCAAAUAUAAUCAUUCGGAUGUUAAAGUAAUAGAUUUGAAAUGGGAAGAUAUAGAAAAUUAUACAAAGGAAGAUCAUACAGUUUACGACGUCAUCUUAGGCGCGGAUAUUCUUUACGAAAGCACUUCGUUUUAUUCAUUAAUUAUUGGAUUAAAUAGUUUCUUAACGUCUAAUAAUUAUGCCAUCAUUGCCGCGACUAUUCGUAACGAAGACACUGUAAAAAAAUUUCUCGAUCAAUUAGGAAAGCAUGAUCUUACCUACCUGGAAUGUGACAUACCAGAACAAACAAUUUCAAUCGAAUCGAAUCAUGCACCUGUAAAGAUACUGAAGGUAUAUAAAAAAAAUUGCAAUCAAAUCGAAUGAAAGUGUGUACGAGAAAAUAUUUUAACGCUCGAAUAUUACGUUCGUCUUCUUAUCAUAGCGAUCAAGUAAGAAAUAUAUAUAUUCAUUUUUUAUUAAACCAUUAGUUAGAUUUACUCCUAGUGUUUUUUUAAUGGUAAUCUUUCCUAUUUAUAUAAAUAACAAAUCUUGCGUUAAAAAUAUUUAUAAAAGUAUUAAACGAUAACUGA